AAGAGGCGUUGUCGAGAUCGACAUGUUAAUUGGUCGUCAGACGUUUGUGCAUCCAGCCGAAUAUGAUUGAAGUAAUUUUGCUGGUGAUCCUGUUCUUCUCUGCCUGGUACCUUUUAACCAGGACCAAGCAUGAGGUGGACAAACUGCCUGGGCCGCCGGCGAUACCACUUUUCGGCAACUCCCUGAGCUUUGCGACUUCGAGAGAAGAGUCGUAUAAAUACAUGAUGCAGCUCACGAAAACCUAUUACCCCGUGUUGCGAACCUGGAUGGGGCCGACGCCGGUUAUCCACCCCCUGGACCCGAACAUCGUCGAGAUCAUCCUCACCAGCAGCCAACACAUCACCAAGAGCUUGGAGUACGCUUUCAUUUCGGACUGGCUUGGAACUGGCCUCCUCACCAGCACAGGUUCCAAAUGGCAUUCGAGGCGAAAAAUGCUCACGCCAGCAUUCCAUUUCAAGAUCUUGGAACAAUUUGUCCCUGUUUUCGGCGACAACACUGCAAUAUUGGUUGAUGUUGUCAAGAAGAAGAUAAAGAGCACUUCCGGGCCCAUCAACAUUGUGCCGCUGGUCACCCACUGCGCCCUUGACAUCAUCUGCGAAACUGCCAUGGGAACGGCCGUGCAUGCCCAAACUGACAGCGAAUCCAAAUAUGUUUCAGCAAUGUACGAAAUUUCGGACUUGAUUGUUCAUCGGAUGCUGCGUCCGUGGCUCCACCCAGCCUUCAUCCACGAUAUGACGCCCACGGGAAGAAAUUUCAAGCGCUGUCUCAAAACUUUGCGCGGCUUCACAAAUAAUGUAAUUCAGGAGCGCAAGACAGAGUUCCGGAAGAACAAGGCUAGUGGGAAAGUGAAACAUGGCGAAGACGAAUUUGGCGUGAAGAAAAGAACCGCGUUUUUGGACUUGCUAUUGGAGGUGAGUGACGAAAAAAGAACACUUUCGGAUGAGGACAUCAGAGAAGAAGUUGAUACUUUUAUGUUUGAGGGUCACGAUACAACAGCCAUGGCUAUGAGCUGGGCGCUGUACUUCCUUGGCUGCAACCCUGAUGUCCAGCAAAAAUGCGUGGAGGAACUUGAUGAAAUUUUUGGUGGCGACGACCGAAAACCGACAAUGAACGACUUAAAUCAAAUGAAGUAUUUGGAACGGGUCAUCAAAGAAACCUUGAGACUGCGGCCCUCGGUGUUCAUGAUUGGAAGGCAGGUCACAACUGACCUCAAAUUUGGAGGUUACACCUUUCCAAAGGGAACAGGCAUUUACAUGCACAUAAUCAGUAUUCACCUAAACCCAAAAGUUUUCCCCAACCCCGAAAAAUUCGAUCCGGACAGAUUUCUGCCUGAAGUUGCACUUGGCCGACACCCUUACGCCUACAUUCCAUUCAGUGCUGGACCCAGAAAUUGCAUUGGGCAAAAGUUUGCGAUGCUCGAACAAAAAACUCUUCUAUCAACCAUGCUCAGAAAUUUCAAGCUACGAACGGUCGAUCCUGAGAAGAGCAGUGUUUACAUCCCGGAUUUGAUUUUGAGACCUAAACAUGGAAUUGAUCUUGAGAUAACUCUGCGUCAAUGAGUAUCAUUUUCAGUUGAAAACUUUGUUGCUCAAUAAAAAAGUGAUAAAAAUUUAACUUUUUUA